AUGGACUGGGAAUUUCAAACCGAUGGGCUAAUCAGAGCAAAGGUUGGACUGAGUGGUACCUUGAUGGUGAAAGGAACUACCUAUGAGAACAUGGACCAAGUCCCAGACAAAGAAUACCUUCAUGGAACCCUUUUGAGUGAAAACAUUAUUGGUGUAAUCCAUGACCAUUUUAUCACAUAUUACUUAGACAUGGACGUUGAUGGCUCUGAAAAUUCAUUUGUUAAGGUAAACCUAAAGAAGCAAGAGAGCAGCCCAGGAGAGUCACCUAGAAAGAGUUAUUUAAAAGCUGUUAAAAAAGUGGCAAAGACAGAGAAAGAUGCUCAAAUUAGACUUCAACUCUAUGACCCAUCCGAAUUUCAUGUGGUGAACCCAUUGAAGAAGACAAGGGCUGGGAACCCUGUUGGGUACAAAUUGGUUCCAGGUGCCACAGCAGCUAGCUUGCUGGAUCCAGAAGACCCACCACAGAAAAGAGCAGCCUUUACCAACAAUCAAAUAUGGGUCACUCCUUAUAACAAAACCGAGCAAUGGGCUGGUGGCUUAUUUGUUUACCAGAGCAAAGGCGAUGAUACUCUUCAACUGUGGUCCAACAGGGAUCGUCCAAUAGAGAAUAAGGACAUAGUGUUGUGGUACACAAUAGGAUUUCAUCACAUACCAUGUCAAGAGGACUACCCUAUCAUGCCUACUGUAUCAUCAAGUUUUGAUCUGAAGCCUGUAAAUUUCUUCGACAGAAAUCCAAUCCUUAGAGUGCCUCCCAAUUUCGAAGAUGAUUUACCGGAAGAUGUAAGUAAAGUGCGUUUCAUGCACAGACAGGUUCCAUUAAAUGGUAAUGCAGAAGGAUUUUAUAAGAUUCCAUUGGAAAGGUUUGUGAAAGAUUAG